CAAAAUUCGAUUAAUUGAUAUACGGAGUAUUGUUACGACAUCUUUUUUUUUAUUCUUUUCCAUCAUAAAAUAAUGGCUGGCCUAUUUGUGCGAAAUAACUUUGAUAAAAAAGUCGUAAACUAUAUUUGCAGUCGGCAUUUAUUUUCGUCAAAUAGUGUUUCGACAUCAGGGUACGAAUACAAUUACACUGAUAGUGUUGAUCAAGAUGUGCAAAUCAAUCGAAACAAAUCUGGACUUCUUCUCCAGCACCGAAAUAUGUUGUACGAAAGACCUUCUUACAAAAAACCAAGCUCAUGGAUUCAUCUAAGUGAAAAAUAUCAAAGAAAAGUUUUUUCCCGAUGUGGUUUAGAAAGUGGGAUAGAUCCCCGCAUAUGUUUUUUGAAAAAAUCGGACCUGAAUUCACAAAAGAAUUAUGAAGCAGUGUCAGAGCCUGAAAAUAUAUUCUGUAUGAUGGAGAAAUCCAAGUCGAAAGAUAAACAAAAAAGAGACGUUGUACUUGAAAGAGAGGAGUUCAUUAUAAAGAACAUGGGAAAACUUGAACACUGGAAAAAAGAUCUACAAAACAGAAUAAAAAAAAAGGAGGAAGCUGCCCUAGCCGCCAAACAGAGGAAGGAGCGAUUAGUUGAAGAAGUACGAAGACACUUUGGCUUUAAAGUUGACCCGCGAGACGAACAAUUCAAAGAAGUUCUCGAACAGAAGGAAAGAGAGGAUAAGAAAAUGCAGAAAGAGGCAAAAAGGAAAGCGAAGGAGCAAAAAUUAUUGUCCAAAUUAGUUGAAAAUACGUAAUGUUCUGUAACUACCUAGUACUUAAAUAAAUGACUUAAAAGUUGUCCCCUAA